AAAAUGUGUGGGAUGGAAACACUAUGCUUAUGCAUAGUGUUAUGAGUCUUAUAUCCUUGAUUUUCACUAUUCAUAAGGAAUUUUCCCUACAUCCCUUCCCUUUGUUUGCUCUAUGCUAUUUGCUAAGCCACCCAAGGUUCAAACCUUGAUUCAAGCAUUUUCCCAAAUUCCUUUUCCUUUCUUUAUUUUUCCUUCUUUAUUUCCUGCUUUCUUUUUUCUUUCUGUUUCUCUUUUCUGGCGGUUCUCUUUUCUUUCUGUUUCUUCCUUCCAUUUUUCUCUCCUCUGUUUCCCCUUUUGCCUCACCUUCUCCACCUGUGUCUCCUUCUUCGCUUUGCUCCCUUUGAUCCAGCUUGUUGCUUCUUCGCAGUUCGUCUUAUCUUGUGCGGCGGCGCUAUUCUUCUACGACGAUCGGAACUCUUCCAGCCUGUGGGAAGCAUUGAAUUCAUUACCUGACGCAAUUGAAUUGGUUAGUUAGGCAAACCUUCAUUCCUAGAUGAUCAUUCGAUUGGUAAAUAGUUCAUUGCUUCCCACAUGCUUGAAAUCUUUCCGCCUUUGGUUACUGGUUAGGAUGGUGGUUUGAUUAACAACUUGAUAGGUUGUUAACAGGCAGGACAGGUGUUGCAAGCAUCAUUGCUCGGUUUGGUUCCGAGUGUUUCCGGCUAUCCUUGCUUUGCCUCUUGAGUGCGUUAGAUUAAACAGCUGAUGGUUUGUGCAGGGAACUGAACAUUUGGAAAUAGGUAGCGUGCCAACUUAUGUGAUGAAUCAAUUCUUGAGUAGUUCGUAUGUAAGCCGUCCAAGAUGCAGCAAGCGCAUGAGGAGUGUGCAGGCCAUGGCUGAGCCUACAGGUUCAUGCAGGUAAUGGUAUAUAACAAAGCCAUGUUCCAUAGUUACUUUGCAUGUUUAUAAACAGGCUUAUUCGUUGUUUUACAGUGAGUUGCCUGAGGUUAGAACACAACCACCCAAGAAACCGAGGGCAAAGAAUACUAGGCCAAAACCACCAAGUACUUUUAAACAUGUCCUUAAAUCAUCUUAAUUAUUAACACCUGGUUAAAUAUCCAUCGCUAAUAUGUAUACCCUGUGAACCAGAGGUGCCUGCUGCAGUGAUUGGACAGCCAUUACCGGCUGCACCUCUUGCACUAUCUCCACCUGAAUAUUGCCCAAAAUGUUCUGCAAAGAAGUUCCAAUUUGAGUCGCUGCACUUUUGUUGCGGCAAUGGAGAAAUUAAACUAGCUUCCAAUGCAUACCCAGAUGAGCUUGUAAAGCUAUUUGAUUCCCGAGACAGUGAUGCUGUGCAUUUCAGAACAUAUGCACGGCUUUACAAUAAUCUAUUUGCUUUUAGCUCCCUUGGGGGGGACUUAAGUUCGAAGACCGAAAAAGGCAUAUAUGUAUUUAAGCUACAUGGGCAAAUAUAUCACUAUCUCCCUAAUUUGCUUCCCACUAAUGACAACCCUAAAUAUUUGCAACUAUACUUUUAUGAUGGCCAACACGAGGCUGAAAAUCGGGUAGGCUGUUUCCCAGAAUUAAAGCCAGAAAUUAUCGCUAUCCUAAUGAAUGUCAUGCAAAGAAACCCAUAUGCUAGAUUUUUUAGAUCCUUACAAGAAAUGGAGGUCCAUGAAGAUACCCAGAUUUUACUUAACAAAAACACUGUGCUAAAUCAGAAUGUCUAUAACGCUCCUACAUCCGAUGAAGUUGCAGUCAUUUGGUCUGAAAGCACAUCUUCCAGUACAAGUAGAAGUCCACAUAUAUUGGUUUCCGGAAAAUCAAACAGUUCCCAUAGAAUAAUGCAUUAUUAUGGUUGUUAUGAUGCACUUCAGUAUCCGCUCUUAUUUCCAUUUGGAGAUUGUGGAUGGCAUCAAGGGCUUAAAAAGAUGUCAACGGGUGGGCAACAACAGCUUGCCACUCAUCAGGAUCCUGUCUUAUCGUGUGCUGUCCACACUGUUGAAGACUUCUUGGCUCAAGAAGAUAACCUUGCUCAUCAAGGUCGGGAAGGAUCAGCUAAGCAUAUCUCUUGCAGAGAGUAUUAUGCUUAUAAGCUUCAGAUACGCCCUUGUAACAUGCUGCUAAGGGCAGGGAGGUGCUUCCAACAGUACAUUGUUGACAUGUACGUGAAGAUUGAAAACACUCGCUUGGACUUUUUCCGAAAGAACCAUCAAACUAUCAGGGCAGAUUUGUACCAAGGUAUACUCGACACUGUCGAGAGCGGUGAAAACAGUGCAGCUAAUGUGGGGCAUCGAGUUGUGUUACCACCAAGUUUUCUGGGGGGGCCUAGGGAUAUGAAAAAGAGGUAUUUGAAUGCGAUGUCCUUAGUUAAGAAGUAUGGGAAGCCUGAUUUGUUCCUUACAAUGACGUGCAAUCCUAAUUGGCCAGAGAUUAAACAAGAGUUGGCUGUCGGAGAGGAGGCACAAAACCGGCCAGAUUUAGUUUCAAGGAUUUUCCGUGCUAAACUGAUAGCGCUAAAACACCAUAUCAUGAAAAAAAAAAUAUUUGGUGAAGUUGCUGCUAUGAUAUAUGUUGUUGAGUUCCAGAAACGGGGGUUGCCGCACGCUCAUUUCCUUGUUAUCCUUAAACCCAAUUCUAAGAUUAGAAGCCCUGCUGACUUUGAUAAGUUUGUUUCUGCUGAGAUCCCUCCUCUUGCCAACCCUCACUUGAGGAAGAUUGUUCUUCAACACAUGAUGCAUGGCCCAUGUGGACAACUGAACCCUGAUUGUGCGUGCAUGAAACGGAAAGGUAAUGAGGGGCACUGCAAGUAUGGAUAUCCGAAAAAAUUUGCUGCCGAGACAACUAACAGCAGCGAUGGAUACCCACUUUAUAAAAGGAUAGAUACUGGAGAAAGUGUUUGUAUUCGCAGGGUUAAUAUGGAUAACAGGUCAGUUAUUCCGUAUAACCCGUACCUAUCAUCACUUUUUGAUUGCCACUUAAACGUUGAGGUUUGUUCGACCAUAAUGGCAGUCAAAUACCUGUACAAAUAUGUGUACAAGGGCCAUGACAGGAUCUCAUUCAACGUGCAGGAUGGUAGCACUGCUAUUGUUGAUGAGAUACAACAGUACCAGGCUGGGAGGUGGGUUUCCCCGUGUGAGGCAGCAUGGAGAAUUUUCGGGUUCGAUCUGUUUGAGAUGUUUCCAUCGGUGUUGCCUCUGCAAAUACAUCUGCCUAACUUGCAGACAAUCCAGGUAAUGCCUCAUGAGAAUUUAGACGAGAUCAUUUUAAAUGAUAAAAGAUCUCGAACUCAACUUACAGAAUUCUUUAGGAUGAAUGCUGCCACACCUGAUGGAACGGGCUAUACAUAUGCAGAAUUUCCAGAGCAUUAUAAGUGGGAGGGUAAAGAAUGGAAAAAAAGAAGCAACAAGACCGUUGUUGUUGGCAGGCUCACUUUUGUAGCACCUGCUGAAGGGGAACGUUACUUCCUCAGAUUAUUACUGAUGCAUGUGGAUAGCCCGCGAUCCUUUGAUCAUCUCCGAACUGUUGAUGGAUAUAAGUGUGCCACUUUUCAGGAGACAGCUCUGCGGCUGAAAUUGCUAGAGGAAGACAACGCUGUCGACUUGUGCUUAGCUGAAGCGUGUGAAGUGCAAAUGCCGACUGCAUUCCGACAGCUCUUUUCAACAGUGCUGAUCUUCUGCCAGCCAAGUGACCCCAAUGCCCUUUGGUUAAAAUACUACGACGCUCUCUCUGAAGAUUAUAGGCACCAGUAUCCGAGUUCUGAUAGCAGGUCAAGGGAGCUCACUGUUAGAUCUGUUGAGCAAUCUCUUGAAGCAAUGGGGAAAUCAUUUAGAGACUUUGGCCUACAACAUUUAAAUGAUUUUCAAGAUGAAGAGUUCAGGCGAACAAAAGACAUUAUCGAUGCACUUGAUGCACCGAUACCUCGGGACUGUAUUGAUGCCCGUAACACAUUAAACCAAGCACAGCAGGAGGCAUUUGACAGCAUUAUUGACCACGUUCUUAAAGGGAAACCUGGUGCAUUCUUCAUAGACGGGCCCGGAGGAACAGGUAAAACCUUCCUAUACAAUGCUCUCUAUGCAGAGGUUCGUUUGAUGAACAAGAUUGUCCUACCAACUGCGACAUCUGGAAUUGCAGCAUCAAAUAUACCUUCUGGGAGGACUGCUCACUCUCGGUUUAAAAUACCGAUAGAUUCUGAUGCUUCCCUUGCUUGCGAUGUUCCUAAACAGGGCAGUCUUGCAUGUUUACUAAAAGAGACAUCGUUGAUUAUUUGGGACGAAGCUUCAAUGGCAAGGAAAGAAAAUGUUGAGUCAUUAGACAUGCUUCUACGAGACUUGUGUGAUGAGAAUACCCUUUUUGGUGGCAAGCUUGUGGUUUUUGGUGGCGACUUCCGUCAGGUCCUGCCCGUCCUACCCCGCAAAACACACUGA